AUGGUGGUGCUCCUUGAUCUCGACGACGACCCUUUCCUCGACCCUCACCGCGCCGAUCCUCGUACGAGCGGCGACGCGUCGCAGCCCUGGGUUGGUGGUACCUUUUCUGCUGACGCCCGACGAGAUCUUGAGGCCCCGCAGACCCUUGAGCAGCCGCCUGAAGACUGCGAGACCGAGAGACCAAAUCCCAACCUCAAUGGCUUCUCCGCCAUCCUGAACUGCUACCCGAUCGUGUCUUCGCUAGCCUCUCUGCUCGACCUCAACACCCUUCAUGCCCUCUCCCGCACCUGCCGCCAAUUUCGCGCAAACCUUCUCGAUUACCGCAAUCAACUGGUGACGCGCACGCUGCGAUGCUCCAACGAAGAGGAACCGCUGGCGAAUAAGCUCGCUUCGGGACUGGCUGGGAUCAGAGCCUCCUGGAAUGGCGGCUCUCAGAGGAUGGGCGAGCGAAUUACGAGUGGAAAGAUCGGCAAGUGCGCAAGAGAUAUGGUUGGCAAUUGCCGGAAAUGCGGGAUCGUGGUUUGUAGGAACUGUACCAGCAAACCUCCGCCACCUGUGGCACUCCCAGGUCGUGUCCGCCGCCUCUGCAAGACAUGCGCCAAUGCGCCCCUCUCGCUUCUCACUUCCCCCUCCAUAACAAGCCCCGCUCCCAUCUGCGAUUCGAUAGCCUCCCGCUCCCGUCAUCCAGCCGCUUCUCCCGGCACUUCACCAAAAUCCUCUACCUCUAGUCUUAGCAGCACACCGCCCACAUCGGGCUUCCCUAACUACACACCUGGGUCUACGAGCAGUUCCCCCUCAAGCAGCCCUCUGAAAUCAUCACCGCUACGCACCUCAGUUCCCAAUGAAGCCUCUGGUGCAGCACACUCAGCCGAGUCAGAAAGGUCUCUAGCAUUUACGGCUCCAGCAUUCCUCCGCACUCCGUGCAACUGCCCCAAUGAAGUCUAUCUCUGCGGACCUUGCGGCCACACGCUGCGCACAGCCGACCAGACGUACAUGCUGGGCUGGACGUGGCGCUCGCGCUACUCGACGUACCUGGACGGCCUGGGCACGGGCAUUGGCGAGGGCCACGAAGGCGUGAAAUGCGGGCUAGGGUCCUCGUGCCGUGGCGGGCGCGAGGUCGAAUGCGAAGAGUGCGGCACGGUAGAAGAGGUUGCCGCGCUAAGCGGGACACGGACGGGCACAUCGCCGCCAACCAACGGUGGUUCGUCAGCGAUGGCGGGCUCACCGCGCGACGAGUGGAGCGGCACGUCGUACCUCGCGCAGGAGAUUGAAGGCAUUGGAGGUCGCCGCGUCAUGAAGCUCAAGAAGCGCGUCAAGGUCGGCGCGGUGGUCAAGGAGUACGAGGACGAGCGCGAGAGUGGCGUCUAUCUGCGCCGGGAGCGGGAGGGCACGAACCGUGCGUGGUGCGCAUGGUGUGCGCGUGUGGUGCCGAGCAGUCGCGACUGGGAGACGUGGCGAGCUAUGGGAUUCGAGCAGUGAGAUGGAGGAGUUUGUGGUUCUUGGGGCAGGGAGGGGAAAGAGGAGGGAAGGGGGCUGUGGGUGCGCGAGGCCAAGGCCGUACUGAUCUGGGCUGAACGUCAGCAGGCCAGUCGUUCGGGAGAAGAGACACCAUCUUUCCCAACUAUCUUUAGACCAGCUGGGCUCUCGCUCGCCGUCCACGCAGCGCCGCAAUCAAGACGUUCUCACCUACCUACCUACCUUACCUAUCUAUCA